GGUGGACGGACACCGGCAGUGCUCCGUUCGUAUCUCAUCGGUUAGCAAAGCCAGCCUCCAUUCCAUCAAUCGAAGCAUACUAUACCUACCUAGGUAAUUUACUUUAAUCGGUAUACACACACCAUCAGACAAGACAAUGAAUCCUCGGUGCACACACCUCGUUGGUUCGUUACACAGAUAACGGCCGGCUGCAUCCCUUCUCAUCCAUAUCCUCCUCCGACAUGCCUCUCUACCUUGUGUCUUUGUUUAUUCCUUUCUGUCUGUCUGUCUGUUUUCAUCGCCGUCCACGCCCGGCCUCGAGAACGAGACUCAAAGGCCUCCGUAGGUCUGUCCGGCUUCCAGUCUGCAGAUGGAUAAAUAUACGACCCGUGAGACGACUCCAUCCAUACCAUCUAUAUAACCACGGCCCAUCGGUCGCCAAUCGUCCCAAGCCAAGAUAUCACCACUCACUUUUCCCUUCGCCUACCCCACACUCCCGCCGCACACACUCUUCUGGCCCGGCGUCCCAAAGGUUACAUCCCCCUCUAUCGCCGAUACCCAGGCCACCUACUCGACACGACGCGACAUGGGGGAUCCGCCCGACAUCUUCUGCUCUCACCUCCGCUCAGCGACACCCAUGUCCGACGUCGAGAUAGUCUUUUGCUACCUUGCUACCCUACCCAACCGUCCGGUUUGCCCUCUUCCCAACCCAAGGUCCUGGGUCUGUGACGUUCCGAUCUCGUCCAAUUCCCACCAUCUGCUCCUCACCAACGGCUGAU